AUGAUGUCCUUCAAAAUUUCUGCCGCUUUUGUUAUGCUGGGUGCUGCAUCCACUGUUAGCGCUCAUGCCGCCUCGCCCCUUGCAGUUGCGGUUGCUCUGGAAAACUUUAAGAACGCAAAGAUCGUCCCAGACGUCCUGUCUACAUUCAAUCCAAGUGGCUUGAUGACAUUGAAUUUUACUGCUGGAGUAGGAAGACCUGCCAUUGGUGAAGCGGUCGCACGCACCAAUGUUUCUGAUACACCGGUGCUCAUGAUUCGCGGAUCUGAAGAAGCGGAGGCUCAGGCGGGCGGUCCCUUCAACGUCACUAAUACCCGCUACACUGUUCUCUGCAUUGAUGGUAACACCGCUGGAAGCUCCAAUCCAGGUGGCUAUAACCUACAUUAUCUAGAGAACAACUUGGCCUAUGGCGAGAACCACGACCACACCGUUACCCUCAACUCCACCGGCUCUCCUGUAGUUGCUUACGCUGCACCUAACCCUCCAUCUGGGUCAGGACCUCAUCGCUACAUCUGGCUCACUUAUGCACAGCCUGGGGAUUUCAGCGCUCCGUCUAGCCCUGCCCCCGGAAGUGGUGUUGCACUCUUUAAUUUGACCCAAUACACUUCUGCGGCUAAUCUCGGUAACCCCAUUGUUGGGACCUACUUCACCGUCCAGGAAGGUGCUGCUAACGCAUCCGUGGCUUCUACCACUGCCGUCGACUCCACUACUCUUCCGCAGUACACAGCUACCGCCACUGCCAGCACAAACUCGACCCAUGGGGAUGGCCACUCUAACUCUGGCGCCAAGAGCACUCGGGCGAAUUCGCAAUAUGUCGACCUUCGGGUCUACCAUCAUGAGAGUGUCCAGUUUGCGUACAUUGCGCCAUCAAAUACGACGUUCUUCGUCUCAACUUCUGCAAAGAACUAUGACGCAUUGUCUUGCACCCCGACCACCCAGCUUGUAUUCCGUCGUUCCUUUGCAACGCCAGUAGAUAUUGCUCCACAUAAAUUGAACAUACCUACGCCAGUAGCUGCUAGUACAUCCGAACUCGCACCAUUGGAAAAGUACAUCUAUGAUUGUAUUUUGAAUGGCCCACCAUCCGCUCCUCUCUCUCGCAUACAUACGGAAUACAAAUCACACGCAGGGCGCGUGCUUGAUGUACAGCUUCCCUACGAAUCUCGGCCUGGUGCUCAGAGGAGAUCACCAAAGCCGGAAGACGUCACACACGAUAUUCUUCUUCUGUCCAUCCCUCAUACGACGCCUCGACUAAGGGCGCUCCCGCUUUCUCCCUAUCCUGCUCCAGAGGGUAGCACACUCAGUGUGCGACUAUUAUCAUCACAUGGCCAACCAGAGCUUCAAUCCCACGGCGGGAAAGAGGUAUGGGGUGAAUGGUUAGAUGGAUUCGCUCUACUAAAGUGGGUCACGGAGGGUAAAGUACUCGGGUAUAGAGACCUGGCCGGAAGGGAAUCCAAGCCGGGUACAUAUGAUGUACUCUCGCACAUGUUGUUCAAUGUAUUACCCACUCCAGGGUCCUCGGGGGCACCUCUUGUGGAUGAACACGGCGCCGUAGUGGGUAUGGCGCUGGGCACCAGAAUGGACAACCGCGUGGAAGGAAAUCGAGGAUGGGGCGUGCCAGCCGAGUUGAUCUACGAGAUGUUCACCCUGCCUGGGCUCAAUCUCAAGAAGAAAUAG